UAGUAUGGUAAUUGAUUGCUACUGUAUUUACUCCACUAACAAUGAGCACAUGGCUAAUUGAUGUGGUAAUUUAUUCACGUGUGGAUCGAGAUUUCGGUUGAGAGAGAGACAGGGCCGAAAGAGAGAGAGAGAGAGAGAGAGAGAGAGAGAGAGCGAGAGAGAGAGAGAGACAGAGGGGCUGCGAAUCACUGCGUGAGGUAGCUAACGUUAGCCAACAACAAUUUGUUAAUUACAUUAUUUUGAUUUUGAUUUGAAUCAAACUGUAACUCCUAGAUGGAUUUAAGAAAGUUAUUCGCCCGCAGCAGAAAAGAAGCAGCAGGAAUGAGAGAUCAAAGGUCUUGUGUCGGUCAAAAUCGCCCCAACAAAAAGCUUCGUAACCUGCCCAACUACUUCAUCAUGAACCUGGCUGUCAGUGACUUCCUCAUGGCCUUUACUCAGUCGCCCAUCUUCUUUAUCAACUGCCUCUACAAAGAAUGGGUCUUUGGAGAAAUGGGCUGUAAGAUGUAUGCGUUCUGUGGCGCCUUGUUCGGCAUCGCGUCCAUGAUAAAUCUCCUCGCCAUCUCCAUCGACCGCUACCUGGUGAUCACCAAGCCGCUGCGGGCCAUCCGUUGGAGCUCCAAGCGAAGGACCACGCUGGCCAUCAUCACCAUCUGGCUGUACUCGCUGGCCUGGAGUCUGGCUCCUCUUGUGGGAUGGAGCUCUUACAUCCCCGAGGGCCUGAUGACAUCGUGCACAUGGGACUACGUUACGUACACAUUGGCCAACAGAAGCUACACCAUGAUGCUGUGCUGCUUUGUCUUCUUCAUUCCGCUCUUGAUCAUUUUCUACUGCUACCUCUUCAUGUUUCUUGCUGUAAGGAAAACGAGCAGGGAGGUAGAGAGACUGGGGACCCAAGUGAGGAAAUCCACUUUAAUCCACCAGAAAUCCAUCAGGAGCGAGUGGAAGCUGGCCAAAAUCGCCUUUGUGGUCAUUGUGGUUUAUGUCCUCUCGUGGUCGCCGUACGCCUGUGUCACGCUGAUAUCCUGGUCUGGGCAUGCGAACAUCUUAUCGCCGUACUCCAAAGCUGUACCUGCAAUCAUCGCAAAAGCCUCCGCUAUCUACAAUCCAUUCAUCUAUGCCAUCAUUCACAAUAAAUACAGGAUGACUCUGGCGGAAAAGUUCCCCUGCUUGUGGUUUCUGUCCCCCGUCCCUCGGAAGGAUUGCGCCUCCUCCUCCAUCAGCGAGUCCUCCUUCAGGGACUCCAUCAUCAGUCGCCAGUCCACAGCAUCCAGGACUCACUUUAUUAGCAGGUCCUCUAAACUCACUGACAGGGUACUGAGGGAUGUGGAAAUGGAGCCUUUAGGCGGGAGGUCCGGUGAUUCCUUCAGGAGCGUGUCGUCCUACCACCAGCCCAGCAGAGGCAAUUCCUGCAGGAGGCAAUCACAGCGGAGGACCACCCACCAAAUGGGCAAACAUCCAUGUACCGUGAGUGAUUCAUCCAGCAGCUGUGAACAUGAACUGGUUUCUAGCACUCUCACCAGCGCCACUCUCCCCCUACUAGUUCUUACCAGGAGGCGGAGUUGCAGUCUGACCCUUCGGAACUCAGGGAGGGACGCCAUUCCCGGCCUUAAGAGCAACUCGGCCGACUCCCUUAGCGUUGGAAAUGUCCCGGCUGCCGAGUCGCAGACGCGACACGGAGUCCCUCGCAUUGUUGUCAUCAGUCCCACGUCUGAAAGCAAACUUGUGCAGCAGGACAGCCUCUGCCUGGAUGAGGUGAUGGAGAACAAUGUUUUUGUCAGCCUCAACUUCUCAUCAGAGGUCUUGGAGGCGGUGGAGCUGCUAUCCUGAUCUGUUCAUGGACUCGAUUUAACCCCAUAAAGCUCUUUUCCCCUCUUCCUCUCACACACUUCAACACUCCCCUCCCUACCCUUUUUCUCAAGACCUCUAUCCAAUCACAGGCUGGAGCCUACUGCAGCUGACUUUGGCAACACAGAAUCCUAUGGCAUGAAACUCAGCUAUGUGAAUCAAAACUUCAAGCCCUGAUGAACCGUUUGAAUGUCACAUUGUCCAUCCAUCCAUUUUCUACCGCUUAUUCCCUUUCGGGGUCGCGGGGGGUGCUGGCGCCUAUCUCAGCUACAAUCGGGCGGAAGGCGGGGUACACCCUGGACAAGUCGCCACCUCAUCGCAGAUGUAUCCUCUGAAAUGAGAUUGUGAACUUCUAGCCGAGAGGGGGCGCUGGGGUGUAAUAGGAAAAAGUGGCACGUAUCUCUCUUCUGAAAAACCCCUUCAUACAUGAAAAAGUCCACCCAGAUGUACCAAUGCCAUACCAUCCCUUCUUCAAUUAUGAAGCCCUUUAAAACUGAUCAACAAAACCUCAAAAGCUUCACAAUUCGAAUUUGACAUCAACCAGAUCAGCGUUCAAAGAGGAAUUUGUUAAAGUACGACCUGUACAAAUGCGAGACAAUUGCAGCGCGCCAGUGGCAUGAAUAUGAUUUAUGUGAAGUGCUACACUAGCAAUCAAAACCUCUAGCACCGAUGAACCGUUUGAAGUUCUCACUCGAGCACCUGGAAUGAACCCGUGAAUGUAUGAUUGACUCACUUCUGGCCGUCACUAUGUAGCACUGGGAUGUAUUAGAAAAAGUCUCUCUUCUACAGAACACCUUCAUUAUGCACAAGAAGUAUGGUUACGGUCUGACCAUGUAAAGCUUGACUAUGUGUUUUGUGUUUUGGGGCAAAAGACCAAACUUGGCCACCCAGAUGUACCAUACCCAUUCAUCCAUUUUCUACCGCUUAUUCCCUUUAGGGUCACGGGGGGCGCUGGUGCCUAUCUCAGCUACAAUCGGGCGGAAGGCAGGGUACACCCUGGACAAGUCGCCACCUCAUUGCAGGGCCAACACAGAUAGACAACAUUCACACUCACAUUCACACACUAGGGCCAAUUUAGUGUUGCCAAUCAACCUAUCCCCAGGUGCAUGUCUUUGGAGGUGGGAGGAA